AUGUCGUACAUCGAUGCUUCGGACGCCCUCGUUGAGCUGCGAGGUCGACUCCGCAACAUUAUCGCUGUUGCAAGCCGGCUCUCCUACAGAGUGGAGUGCACACUCCCCCCUGCUGGCUUCCUAGUCGUGGGUGGGGAUAUUGUGUUUCCAGGCGAGUCCAUGCUGCACGACAACGCCCGGCAGAGGCAUGCGACCAUAGAAAGAAUCCGCUCGGAUGGACGCCAGAUGCGGCGCGAGCAUGCGAUGGAGACGGCCGCCGUGCUCCUCGCCGAGCUUGAACGAGGGGCAAGCAAGGUCGCGGCGGUCCAAGGGGAGUGCCGGGCCGCUUACCGAGUGCUGGAGAGAACAACGAGCCCUCGCAAGGCUGUCCCGCUGGGGCUGAAGCUCGCGAACCUCGAGCUCAAGGUCAUCGACCUCGAGCGUGAGCAAUACGCGGUGCAAGACGAGUUCCGCGACUGGCGCUGGUACAUCGGUGCACUAGCUGCACCAAAGGCUGCGCUGGAGGAGUUGAUCUCCCCCCUGUUCGACGCACCUCAGCUUCAAGACAUUCGUGCGCGUGUUCGCACUGAGCUUGAGGUCUUACACAGGCAGUUCCGCGAGCGCGAAGAGACAGUGAUGCAGGCGGCCGCCCUUUCCACUGCAAUGGGGCGAAGACUCGCACAGCGGGACCCCGACAUGACCGCAGGAGACGUGAGGGGCGCCCUGCAGAAGCUCGAGGCAAUGGGGUGUGCGCUGAUUGCACAGGAGGCAGGGCAGGAGGAUGCCAUUGUCGCUCUGAGGAUCUCGUACCGCCGAGGAGUCGCUGCCCCGAAGAGCCUGCAGGGCCCUUGCGCGUUGAAUAUCCCCCGUUUAUGCCUUGCCCGCGAGAAGCAGUUGCAGUUGCAGCUCCGGCUUGAAAGCGCCAUCAAAACGCAGAGCGCAUUGGUCAGGGAGGCCCGACAGCUCAUGCACGCAUUUGACUGA